UGCAAGUUGUUCAUAAAAAUGGGCAAAAUAAAAUAAUGUGAUUUUGUGUCUCAUCCUGUCCGUCUCGCGCUGGACGUGCGCGUGCGUCUCCCCUCGCGAGACCGACGCACACAUAAAUCUCGCAGAGACCAUGGCUGCGCCGCCCGACGAGGAGAGUUUGGAGUCUCGAAUCAACAGAGCAACAAACCCACUCAACAGAGACACAGAUUGGAGCAGCAUCCAUGCCUUUUGUGAUAAACUCAACAAUGAUCUGGAGGGUCCACAGCUGGCUACCAGGCUGCUCGCCCAUAAGGUCCAAUCUCCACAAGAAUGGGAGGCAAUGCAGGCUCUGCUGGUGUUAGAGACCUGUAUGAAAAACUGUGGGAAAAGGUUUCACAGUGAAGUGGGCAAGUUUCGUUUUCUAAAUGAGCUUAUAAAAGUAGUUUCUCCAAAGUACCUUGGCUCACGGUCUCCAGAGCCGGUCAAAAAGAAGGUCUUGGAGUUAAUCUAUAGUUGGACAUUAGCAUUACCAGAUGAGGCAAAAAUAACAGAUGCUUAUCAAAUGUUGAAAAAACAAGGUAUUAUAAAACAAGAUCCUGAGCUCCCACCUGAUAAACUAAUGGGUCUGCCUCCUCCCAGACCAAAAAACACAAUUUUUGAAGAUAAAGAAAAAUCCAAAAUGCUUUCUCGUCUGCUGAAUAGCUCACACCCUGAAGACUUAAAAGCUGCUAAUAAGCUUAUUAAAGAAAUGGUUCAAGAGGAUCAGCGACGAACAGAGAAGGUAUCCAAGAGAGUCAAUGCAAUUCAGGAGGUGAACGAAAGUGUGGCUCUUCUCACUCAACUCUUACAAGAAUACGACACUAACACUAGCUCCCAGAGUAAUGCUGAACUUCUCCAGGAUCUGUACCAGCGCUGUGAAAAAAUGAGACCUACACUGUUUAGACUCGCCAGUGACACAGAAGACAGUGAUGAAGCAUUAGCUGAGAUCCUGCAAGCAAAUGAUAAUUUGACUCAAGUUAUUAACCUUUAUAAGCAGCAGGUGAAGGGAGAGAUUGUCAAUGGGAACACUGCAGGCACACAGAAGCAAACUGGAGGAACUGCUCUGUUAGAUCUAUGUGGAUUAGACACGUCACCACAGUCUCCCUCAGAAUUUCCCACUCCAACGGAGAGUCUGAACGCCCCCUCUCAGGAGAUGAAGAUCAGUCUCCUUGAUGAUGAACUCAUGUCUCUGGGUUUAAGUGAGGGGACGCACACUUCCAAUCCAGCCUCACAGCCCGAUGAUUCCACAGCAUGGGACUCAUUCCAGUCUUCAGAGAGCAUUGACGCAGAUGUCCCAGCAGCCCCUAGUCUCUUACUGAGCCCGGACCCCCCGGCCUCCUCCCUGAACCGCUCCAGCACCUCCACCCCGGGAAACUCUGCUUUAGAUGAGCUGGAUCUACUCGGAAAGACUUUACUACAGCAGUCAUUACCUCCAGAGGGACCUCACGUUAAAUGGGACAAGCAGCAGACCAAACCCACUCUGAGGGAUCUCCAGAAGUCCAGCGUGAGCCCUAGUCUGAUCCCAUCUUUCCCUUCUGAACCAGCGGCUCCUCUUCUCAACCUCCACACCAGCUCCGCGGCAACGCUCCUGGACAUGUCCCCAACGCACACAGAAGCCCCGCCUGCUCACGUCGAGACAACGCCCCCUCAAGUCACACUCACUGAUGUUUUUGUACCUUUAGAAUCCAUUAAACCUAGUAGUCUGUUACCUGUGACUGUAUUUGACGGACACAGUUUGCGAGUUCUGUUCCACUUUGCUCAAAACCACCCUCCAUCUCGUCCUGACGUGUUGGUGGUGAUCAUCUCCAUGCUGUCCUCCGCGCCUUCCCCCGUUUCCAAGAUAAGCUUUGAUGUCCAAGCUCCAAAGUCCAUGGCAGUGAAGCUCCAGCCCCCGUCGGGUACAGAGCUUCCAGCAUUUAACCCAAUCCUCCCUCCUGCUGCUGUCACACAAAUCCUACUGCUGGCGAACCCAACCAAGGAGAAAGUGCAGCUGCAGUACACACUAGCCUUCACAAUGGGAGAGCAGGAACACAGGGAGAGCGGCACUUUAGAACAAUUUCCACCUCCGGACACCUGGGAUAACCUAUAGCAUUUAAAUGCCCCAAACUGACUGACUUUCUGCUUCCUCUUCAAACAACUCAACUCUCCUCCAAAUACUACACUUCUUUUUCAAUUAAUGCAUUUUUCCCUUGUCAUUGUGUUGUGUGUAUGCUUUCAAAUUCACGCGUCUAGAGCUAGUCUGCUGUAUGUGCCUGCUUUCACCUGCAAAAUGUAUCCUAUUUGAUUAGGGGUAAAUCAUUUGGUGUGCUUCAUUUUAGGAUCUUUGUUUUAAUUCCAUUUUUGGUAUGCAUGCUUCACGCACUAAAGAUUCUAAUCUGUCAUGUCAAUCAAGUGCACCUUCUAAUCUGAGAAUGAAUUUUAAAAUAUUUGUGAUUCUGGCCCAAACUGGAGAAUUUACUGUAUCAUCAGCCGUAUGUGCCUCUUUUGCAGAACUUUUCAUUCAUUUUACAUGCGUUACAUGUCCACAAUAAUAUUCUGUAAUUUUACUUUAGCAUAUAUACAUUUUACAUCAUGAAAUAGACAAGGUUUGCCCCAGAUGCGUAGAACUUGUUUUGCAAUGCAUGUCGGUCAUUUUGGAUUUCAUUCCUCUGCUCUCAACGUGUAAAUAACAAUGGAAAUUAUGUAGAACAUUCUGAAUGGAUUUGUUUCUUUUCUGGAACAUGGGAAAUGUUUGAAAGUACAGACGUGAGUAAAAUAAGCAUUUAACCAGUUCAAAAUAUUAAUGUUAAUUUAAAUGUGAAAAAAAAAACUCUAAUAAAUACUUUCAAUACAACUA